AUGACUGAAGUACAACGAUAUCAAUUUCCAAAUAAUGGAAAUCAAAUUUUAUCUCAUAAUAACGGUUUUCAUACCAAUAUAAGAACGGGUGUUAACGUCAAUUCAUGGCAAAAUGAACCUAUUAGUCCUCAAAGACCUGAUAUAAUUGGUUCAAAUGGAAGACAAAAUGUUCCUAUCGAAGCAAAUUAUACUCCCCCCUCCGAAUCCGAUAAAACAAUUCUUAAUACUUAUCAUUCUCGUUUACAUUCUUCCUCUACUGGUUACAUAAGUGAUGAUCGAUCUUCUUAUAGUAACACUUCUGAAGUAUUAACUACCGAUGAUGAUGUUAUUACUCCCAUGAAUAAUAAUUCCCCAAUUUUAGCUAAUCAAAGACUUAAUAACAUAUCAGAUGAUUCAAUUUAUUAUGAUGGUGAUUGGAAUAUAAAGUCCAAGGAGAAAUCUCGUAAUCCUUCUUUAUUACGCAAUAAUAAUUCUAAUACCAAUGGAAAUAAUAGUUGGCGUAAUGAUUUAAAUUUAAAUUCUUCCCAAAAAUAUAUUUCUUCCCCUGAAAUACCCUCUUUAAACUCUCCUACCUUGGAUGAUCCUAGAUUAAAAUUUAAACCUUCUACAAUGCGUAUAAAAGAAGAUAAAUCUCGUAAAUUUCUUAGUUAUACCCCUCCUCCUACUUAUUCUCAAUCUUCAAAAAGACAUGAAAAAACUUUUUCUUAUGAUGAUAGACUUCGUGAUUAUGAAUAUAAACGUUCUUUAGAUACUUUACAUUCCGUUUAUGAAUCUCAACAAUCUACUAUUUCUCCUUCUGAUGCUCCUUUAAUCAGUCGUCCUGUAUCCCCUCCUAUCAUAUCUUAUCAUCUUAAUGAUCCUUCUCGUUCUACAAAAUCUUUAACUUUUUCUAUUCCUUUACCUACUGAUAAAUUAUUCGAUUCUUUCAAAAAAAAAUCAAAGGAUCAUCAUCCAAUUUAUUUAAAAGCUAUUCAGGCUUUAGAAGCUAUGCAAUUUAAUGAAGCUAUUAGUUUAUUUACUCAAGUUUUAUCCUUAUUCCCUCAAAGUUAUUCUCUUAUUUGUUAUAGAGCUUAUGCUUCUUUUCAAGCUGAAAGUUGGAAUCAAGCUAUUAGUGAUUUAAAUAGAGCUAUCGCAAAGAAACCAAGAAGAUCUCGUGCUUAUUCUCUUAGAGGUGAAGUUUAUCGUAGAUUAAAUAGAUUUGAAGAUUCUUUAUCAGAUCUUAAUACUUCAUUAAAAUUAAAAAAGAACAUUUUCGCUUUAAGAACUCGUGCUGAAGUUUAUAGUGCUAUGGAAAGAUUUUCUGAUGCUAUUAGUGAUUUGGAUUCGGUUUUAGAAAUUGAUCCAAAAAAUAUUUUGGCUAUAAUACGUCGUGCUAAAGCUUAUUGCUCUCUUAAUCUUUAUCAAGAUGCUUUAUCGGAUUUAGAACUUGCUUUAGAUUUUGAUCCUGAAAAUACUUCUUCUAUAUUAAUGAAUCGUGGUGAAAUUUAUAGACUUAUGGGUCGUUAUGAUUUGGCUCUUUUGGAUUUUAAUAAUUCUUUACAAAGUAAUGAAAAUUUAUUCGCUUUAGAAAGACGUGGAAAUGUUUAUAAAAUUUUAAAAAAAGAUAGAGAAGCUUUAAUCGAUUUUACUAAAGUUCUUCAAUUGGAUUCAAAAAAUUUUUCCGCUCAUAAAGGUCUUGCAGAAAUUUUAUAUGGUUUAGGUGAUCGUGAACAAGCUCUUUCUCAUAUGAAUUUCGCUUUACAAAUUGAACCUUUUGAUUUUUCUUUAUUAAAAGGUAGAGGAAAAAUUAAUCAAGUUUUAGGUUCAAUUGAAAAUUCUUUAAUAGAUUAUAAUUUAGCUUUAAGAAUUUUCCCAAAUGAUAUUGAUAUACUUUUAAGUCGUGGUGAAAUUUAUCGUUCAACUAGAAAAUAUGAUAAAGCUAUUCAAGAUUUUACUAAAGUUUUAGAAAUUGAUUCAAGGCAUGUUCGUGCUUUAUCAAGUCGUGGUGAAAUUUAUAGAACGAUAAAUCAAAGUGAUAAAGCUUUACAUGAUUUAAAUGAAGCUCUUAGACUUAAUCCUUAUAAUAUAGAAGCUUUACAAAGUCGUGGUGCUAUUAAUAGAUCUUUACGUAGAUAUGAAGAAGCUUUAAGAGAUCUUGAUGAAGCAAUUGAAUUAAAAUCUGAUAGUAUAUUUGCUCUUUCUCAUCGUGGUGCUAUUUAUUCAAUGUUAAAAAGAUUUACUGAAGCUAUUGCUGAUUUAAAACAUGCUUUAGGAAUUAAUCCUAAAUAUGUUUUUGCCUUAGAAACUUUAGGUUCUAUAUAUAAUGCUCAAGAAAGAUAUGAUGAAGCUCUUGAACAAUUAAAUAUUGCUAUAGAUUUAGAUCCAUCAAAUCGUUGGGCAUUAACUCAUCGUGCUGAAACUUUAUUAGCAAUGGGAAAAGGUGAAGAUGCUUUAAGAGAUUUAAAUAAAGUAUUGGAAAAAUAUCCGGAAUGGGGUUAUCCUUUAUCAUUAAGAGGUGGUAUUUAUAGAGCAUUAAAAUCUUAUAAAAAAGCUUUAACCGAUUUAAAUAAAGCUUUAGAAAAUUUUAAAGAUAAAGCGUUUAAUGUUAGUCAUAUAACAAAAGCAUUAUGUCAUAGAGGUUCGGUUUAUUUUGCAAUGGAAAAAUAUAAUGAAGCAUUGACUGAUUUUAAUAAGGUAUUAAUUCGUGAUCCAAAGAAUUCAUAUGCUUUACAAGAACGAAGUGCUGUUUAUCAAGCUUUAGGAAGGAAUGAUAAGAAAAUGGUUGAAGAAUCAGGAAAUGAAUCAAUAGUUGAUUAA